AUGACGUAUCUCACAGCGUCCGGCUCUGAGUUAACCGGAGGGAGCAUGUGGGUCUGCGGGGCGCUCUGCUGGGCGCGAACCGCGGCUCAGCUGCGGCGGCGGCUAUUCCCCGCUUUCCGCCGCCGGCGGCCUGCUGCCGCCACCUUCUCCGCAUCUGCCGAGCCCUCCCGGGUCCGGGCGCUGGUCUAUGGGCACCACGGGGACCCAGCCAAGGUCGUCGAACUGAAGAACCUGGAGCUGGCUGCUGUGGGUGGAUCAGACGUCCAUGUGAAGAUGCUGGCGGCCCCUGUCAAUCCAUCUGACAUUAAUAUGAUCCAAGGAAAUUACGGCCUCCUUCCCAAGCUGCCUGCUGUUGGAGGGAAUGAAGGUGUUGGACAGGUCGUAGCAGUGGGCAGCAGUGUGACCGGGGUGAAGCCAGGAGACUGGGUGAUUCCAGCGAAUGCUGGUUUGGGAACCUGGCGGACCGAGGCUGUGUUCAGCGAGGAAGCGCUCAUCUCGGUUCCGAGUGACAUCCCUCUUCAGAGCGCCGCCACCCUGGGCGUCAAUCCCUGUACGGCCUACCGGAUGCUGAUGGACUUUGAGCGGCUGAGGCCAGGGGAUUCUGUCAUCCAGAAUGCAUCCAACAGUGGAGUGGGGCAAGCAGUCAUCCAGAUCGCCGCAGCCCUGGGCCUGAGGACCAUCAACGUGGUCCGAGACAGACCUGACAUCCAGAAGCUGACCGACAGACUGAAGAGUCUGGGGGCCCAUCAUGUUGUCACAGAAGAGGAACUAAGAAAGCUUGAGAUGAAAAACUUCUUUAAGGACGUGCCCCAGCCUCAGCUUGCUCUCAACUGUGUCGGCGGGAAAAGCUCCACGGAGCUGCUGCGGCACUUGGCGCCUGGAGGAACCAUGGUGACCUAUGGGGGGAUGGCCAAGCAGCCUGUCAUCGCCUCUGUGAGCCUGCUCAUUUUUAAGGAUCUCAAACUUCGGGGCUUUUGGUUAUCCCAGUGGAAGAAGGACCACAGUCCAGACCAGUUCAAGGAGCUGAUCCUCACGCUGUGCGAUCUCAUCCACCGAGGCCAGCUCGCGGCCCCUGCCUGCUCCGAGGUCCCACUGCAGGACUACCAGCGUGCCUUAGAAGCGUCCAUGCAGCCCUUCAUGUCUUCCAAGCAGAUCCUCACCAUGUGAUGUGAUAAUCCCAGAGGAGCCGGAGCCAAGUGGGAGGGGAGACGGAUCAGCAGGACUGGUUUCGGGCCCCCCAGGUGGGGCCCUCCACCUUCCGCUGGCCGCUCCUCUCCCCACUGUCACUUCUGAGUCGGAGAACUGGGAGGCCGGCCAAGGCUUUCCCUGGGGCCAGCCUCCGGGUAUCUCAUACAGUCCGAACUUCCUAAAAAAACAAACAAACAAAAACCAAUAGAAGUCACCCCUAAUAGGAAGGACCAUCCCUUGCCAGCUCCCAGCACUAGAAGCCCCCCUUGCCCACCCUCCACCUGUCCUCCAGCCAUCACUUCCUGACCGCCCUGAAAGCAAAGCCUUGGCGGGGCUGGCAGGUACAAAAGCCAGUAAAACAGAUCUCUGCCCUCAAGCCCUCCAAGCCCACAGAGGAGAAUCUUCUAAAAAGGAGGGUUUGACUCAUUCUCAGGUGGCCUUCGGCUCAAUCUGGGACAGGGGAAGGAUCAGCUCCACAGAGGAGUGAAUGCCAGGCUGAGAAACCAAGGAAAUGGGGUCUCAGGUGCCUGGACCGUCCUCAUGGAACUUCCAUUCUAACUGGGAAGACAGGUGUUACACCAGUGGUUCUCAACCUGAGCUCAUUUUACUCCCAGGGGACACUGUGGUUACCAUAAUUGAGGGGGUGCUACUAGUGCCUAGUGAGUAGAGGUCAGUGCUGCUGCUACAGCAUCCUACAGCGCACAGCACAGCCUCCCUCAGCGAGGGCUUAUCCAGCCCAAAUGUCCACAGUGCCGCUGUUGAGAAACCCCGCAUCAAACCCCUGGUCCCACGACAGU